AUGUCAUUUUUCUUUCUUUCUUUCUUUCGUUCUUUCUUUCUUUUUCUUUUCUUUAUUUCCUUCGUUCCUACUUUCCAAGUUUUUCCCUUUUUUACUAUUUAUUUUCUCAAUCGAUCUUUCUUUCUUAACCCUUUUUUCUACGUAUUCACUGUUGAGAAUCAUUGCAUAGAUUCCAUUUUUGAUACACUUCGUCAAAAUCUUUUCGAUUCUUCAUAUGCUCUUCUCUCUCGCUCUCCCCCUCCCUCUAUCUAUUUCUCUCUUUCUCGCUCUCCCCCUCCCUCUCUCUAUUUCUCUCUUUCUCGCUCUCCCCCUCCCUCUCUCUAUUUCUCUCUUUCUCUCUCUCCCCUCUCUCAAUCUCUCUCUCUCCCCCUCUCAAUCUUUUCUCUCUCUCUUACUUACGAAUUUUAUACUCUCACGACAUUUAUUUUUUUUUUAGAAAAUAUAUACCUCAACCUUCCAUUGUCUCACUCUUUCUUUGAUUCAUUUCUUUCUUUCCUCAUUCCCAUCGAUCUAUCUAUCUAUCUAUCUAUCUAUCUAUCUAUCUAUCUAUCUAUCUAUCUAUCUGCGUUUCUCUUUCAGUAUUUCAAAAUUGCUUUUUUUAUUUUCCUAAACAUACCUCAACUCUCUCUCUCUCGCCCUCUCUCUCACUCUCUCUCUCUCUCGCUCUCUGAGAAUUCUUUCUCCCUCUUCUCUAUUUCUUUCACUCACAGUAAAUCUCGUUCUUUCCACUUUAUUUUCUCUCUUCUUUCUUUCUUUCUUUCUUUCUUUCUUUCUUUCUUUCUUUCAUUUUCUCCUUCCUAUCUUUCUUUUUUCUUUCGCCGAUUUUCUUUCUUGCUUGCUUUAUUUUUCUUUUAUUUCUUUUAUUUCUUUUUUUCCUUUCUUUCUUUAUUUUCUUUUUUUAACGUUGUUACUCUUUUUUGGAUUCGUUCUUUCUUUCAUUUUUUUUUCUCUUUCAUUUUCAAACGAAUUGUAUUCAAUCUCUGUUUCUGCUUAAAAUUCACAAUUUCUUGGUGUCUUUUUUAUUCUCUUUGA